AUGGCUCAAGAAGAGCACUUUGAAAGUCUGGAGAUUGUUUACUCAACAAACUACCUCCAGAAUGGACGAUUUGCACGCUUCUUCGAUAAUUUCUUGAAACUCCUUUUAAACUGCUUUUUAAAGCCUCCACGAUGGCUUGUACCUGGAUUUUGUAUGCACGCAUUUGGUUACCAACACCCUUUCUGGCAUAUGCUUUUGAAUUCAUCAGAUCACUUGAUACGAGGAAUGAAUAAAGGGGAGAUAACCGAGACAAAACAUUUGGUGCAAACCACUUCAAGUGUUGUUCAACUUACCCCAGUAUCGCCUCUACCAGAACUGACCUCGUCUGCAACAGUUACACUUUCUUCAAGGAGUGAUAUCAGUGCUUCAUCACCAAGCAGCGUGGUAGCUGACUUGUCAGUUAUUGCAAACCUUCUGCCAAACACAGUUACGCUUUCUUCAAGGAGCGAUAUUAGUGCUUCCUCAGCAAGUAGCGUGGCGGCUGACUUGUCGGUCAUAUCAAACCUUCUGCCCAACACAGAAUCCAAAUGGUCUCGUUGGAGCUCUUGGAGUGACUGCACUAGAACAUGUGGCACUGGUACACGAUAUCGAAACCGAACAUGCGUGGCCAUCAAUGAUAAAGCAGUCUUUGCUCCAAUUUCGUGUGCUGGUAAAUCUAACCAGGUCAAAUUUUGUGCAGAAUGGAGCUGUCCAGAUUGUUCAAGAAACUGUUCAAUUGGAACACUGAACACUGCAUGUGACGCAUGCACAUGUGAUCAUCACGAACUCACUGGACGAGUUUUGACAGACGAUGGCGCACCUUUGUCAGAAGCAAACAUAUCAUUGGCAGAAACACCUUACAACAUUCUUGCCCAGGCGAACAUCAGCGGACAUUUUUCAGUUUUUGGAGUUUGUGCAAUCAAACAACAGCUUCUAGUAACAAAAUCAGGGUUUGUCCCUGUGAAACUAGUAGCAAAUGUUACGACGCCAACAACCGCUACGAUUAUUGCCAAAAUGGAAAUUGCAGUUCCACCAUUCGUAACAGUCCAUCCAGAAAGCAAGAUUCGCAUGCCUGGUCAAAGAGUGACAUUUUGUUGCUACGGUGAUGGAAAUCCCCCACCAGAAGUUGAAUGGUUUAAAGAAAAUAACAUCAUCGACAAAGAAAUGUUUACCUACAAUAACACCCUUGAAAUAAGUGACGUGACCGGUCUAAAUGGAACUUUCCGUUGUCGAAUGGUAAACGAUUUUGGCUCGGAGUUCUCUAACCCAGCUGAAUUGAAUUUAAUAGAAAAUUCAGACGACUCCUGCUCCUCGAAGCCAAAUUCCAAGAACACUACAUUGCCCUCUGGUUGCGUUGUGAGUGGCACACAGUCUUCUAUCGUGGACGUAGGAGAAUGUGAACCUGCUAAAUGUAUAAAGAGAGCUCUUAACGUAAGUGCGUCCUGCUCGGGUCCUUCGCUUUGUUGUGGGCCUCUCUCCUAUGAAAGUGUUUCAGUUCAGUGUGGGGCUUUAAUGUCGUUUAACAUCUUUAAGGUGAAAACGUGUGCUUGUGGAAACUGUAAAAAGCAACAAGCAAUUGUAGAAGGCAUCGCCAUUAGUGAAGGCGGACGAAGGGUCCCUUCAGUGGAUGUGUUCUUUGGUGAGCAAUCAGUUGGCAAGACUGACUCAAAUGGAAUGUUCUCAUUUAUCGUUCCAAGAUCUACGAAAAGGGCUGUAGUUACUUUUAAAGACCUGGUAAAUCAAAGGUAUGAAGAGGAAACCAGAAUUUUUUUGUUAAGUGAAGGAGAGAUGGCAACAUAUAGAGUUAAGCUGAGACCUAAACCAGAACCUAUCUCUUUUAAUGCUUCUGAGCCACUUGAUUUGCCAUUGGGCGGUGCAGCGGAUAACUUUGCUGACCUUGAAUUACCAGAAAACUCCCUUUUAGCUGAAGAUGGAUCUGUCUUUAAAGGAAAUGCCAAGGUUAGUCUCAGCAUUGCCGAUCCCCGCAAUCAGUCUGAUAUCGAUUCUGCUCCUGGAGAUUUUUCAACGAUUAGCGAGGAUGGCGAUGAGGAAAUACUUGAAACAUUCGGCAUGAUUAAGCUUAAUCUGGAAGAUGACAAUGGCAAGCCACUCUCCGUGUCAAAACCUAUGAACGUGUACUUAGAUCCAGGAAAGCUCAAUUUGUCGUUGUCUGAUGGUAAUGUAUCCAUAAAACUCUACUGGUUAGACAGAAAAACAGGACGAUGGAGGGAGGCGGGAGAUUUUUUUCUCAAAGAUGGAGACAAACGAAGGCGUAAACGUUCUAAUCGUAUAUUUCUUGCUGGAACUGUGACCCCUUCCAUCGCCAAGAGAAACCUCAAUUUUGAUAAACCAAAACAAAGAGUUGGUUUAAGAGUAACAACAACCAAAGAUGAUGAAACGGGUGUCAUAGUGAGAGUUAUUCGUGAAGAUCACCACGGGUAUGUUGAGGCCCCGAUUAGGAAUGGUGUAGCAUGCAUUCCAAUUUGGAAAGACACUAUCUGUCUUGUUCAAGCUGAAAAAGAUAAUAUGUACUACAUUCCUGAUCCAUCGGCGGACUACAGUCACGUCAAUUCUUAUGGUAUAAAAUCGUUCGUGGACAAUGGUGGUAUCAGCAACAUAAGUUCUUUCAGAUUCAAGAGCAGCCUUGUAAAACCGAGAGGGCCUAUUUAUUAUGAUGAUACUGGAGGCAGCGGAACAGAGAUGAACACAUGUCGCGCACCUCUGAAUAGCGCAUAUUCCAUACAGUUUACAUUUAAACCACCUCCCCUUAUUAAAAAGGAAUACCAAUUGCUCAGUUAUCGAAGUCGUAAUGAAUGGUAUUACGAUUAUGGUGGAGAAGACGCCGCAACUUGUUUAAUUAAAGUUAAAAUCGUCAAUGGAGGAAAGUUAAUGAUGAUGGCUUCCAGCUAUAGUAAAAUGGACACUAAUCGCACUGGAAACUACGGCUUUCAUCUCAGAAUGUCCACUGCAGUUGUAGAAAAAGAUAACGAAGAAAAAAUUUCUCCAAAUGUCUCGGUUGUUUGCCUUCAGAUCAGAUGUCCACGGCGAGAUGAUCCAACAGUACUCCUUUUGACACCCAUGAACACGACGAUGACAGCUCAGUGCAGUGACAUCACGGGCCUUGAAAAUCCACUUAAUCGUAUAACGUUGAUAAACUCACAACAGAAAAUUUUCGAUAAGUACUGCGAAAAUGUUCAAUUGCCGCAGUCGAAAGGUCAAGAAAAGUGGUAUUGCAUCCCAGAUCUCACAGUCCAUGAUAUCCUCAAAGAAUUCGUAGAUCCACUGAUCGCCGACGCAAAAUGCCUAUAUGGUGACAAAAAGUACGUAAAAACUGCUGCGGCAUACCCGGAUAGUCCUUCUCUAGAAAUCGAUUGUAGGUAAAUCAAGAUGAUACCCUUAACUGGACUUUUUUUAAACGAGUCGAAGUAAAAGAGGAAAAUGACUUUGAUGAAUGGCAUGUGGUAUGACUUGCGGAUUGACCUAAUUUGGAUUGACGUAGGUCCAAAAACAAAUUUCUAUGACCAGUUUUGGUGAUAUUUCGGAUAAGGGAUUCAACAAAAUUUUUGGUCCAUACAUGAAAUCUUUACGGCAAUUUUGUUUGCUUUAUGGGUUUUCGUGAAGGAAUCAAUAAAAAUGCUCUUUCAAGAAGACGGAACCAUUUCGCAAAAGAAAUUGAUUAGGUAUAAGAAACUGUCUUGUAAAGCUGAAUUCAGCAUAUGAUAAGAUGGGUGUAGAUUCGGAAAGGGAACGUAAGCGCAUGGGCGAGACGUUAAAAGUUUUUCUUGAGGUCACUUUCGUCACGGACUCAAAGACAUGUAAGCAAAUUUCACUGGAAGUGAAUCGUUAGAUUUCGAUGAAACCUUUCAGGACAAUUGUAAUAUGUCAUUGGACAGGUGCUCAAAAUGUUUAUAAUGAAGGAAGUGAUUAGCA